AUGGACAAUUUCACAGAUAAAUCAGCUCAAGUAUUGAAAGCUGCCUUUGACAAGGCAGAGGAGAUGGCCAAUUCGCAGGUCUACCCCGUCCACUUAAUAUCGGUGUUAUGGGAAGAACCAAGUGAAGGGUCAUCUUCUCAACCUGAUCAACCUACAUUACUCAAAGCCGCAUUGGAACAUAUCGGUGGAAACCCAACGAUAUUCAAUCGAGCUUUGAUGAGAAAACUGAACAAUCUACCAGUAGUCGAUCCAGCACCUGCACCACCCCUUCCAGCAACUCAACCAUUCCACUCGGUCCUUCGUGAAGCCCAGAAACUCCAAAAGGAACAGAACGAUCAAUUCGUAGCUAUAGAUCAUCUUUUACUGGCUUUGCUGAAAGUGGAUAACUCAGAUUUGAAAGAGCUGUUGAAAGGAACAGGAGCUGAACCAAAAGCAUUAGAAGCGGAGGUGAGAAGGAAGAGGGGUGGUAGGAAAGUUGAUAGUAAAUCUGCCGAAGGUCAAUUCGACGCUUUGAAUAAAUAUUGUACCGAUCUUACCGCCCUUGCCGAACAAGGUAAACUCGAUCCAGUCAUCGGAAGGGAUAACGAAAUCCGACGAGUCAUCCGUAUCCUUUCGAGACGAACUAAAGGUAAUCCGGUACUUAUCGGUGAACCCGGUGUCGGUAAAACAGCCAUUGCGGAAGGUUUAGCUCAGAGGAUAGUGGAUAGAGAUGUACCAGCAAGCUUGUUAAGUAGAUUAUUAGCAUUGGACAUGGGUGCUUUGAUGGCAGGAGCGAAAUACAAGGGAGAAUACGAAGAACGAGUCAAAGCUGUUCUUUCCGAAGUCGAAAAGUCAGGAGACGAAGGUCAACAAAUCAUCCUCUUCAUCGAUGAGAUCCACCUCAUCAUGGCCGGUAAAGACUCCAGUGGCGGUAUGGAUGCGGCAAACUUGCUUAAACCCAUGCUUGCUCGAGGUAAACUCAAGGUCAUUGGUGCUACCACCCUAAACGAAUACCGAGAAUACAUUGAGAAAGAUUCCGCUUUCGAAAGACGAUUCGCUCAAGUCAUCGUUGAUGAACCCUCAGUACCAGAUACUGUAGCCAUUAUGCGAGGUAUUCGAGAGAAAUAUGAAACCCACCACGGUGUCCGAAUCAUGGACUCAGCACUCGUACUUGCUGCUCAACUCGCCAAGCAGUAUCUCACCGCUCGAAGAAUGCCUGAUUCAGCUAUCGACUUGCUUGACGAAGCUGCAAGUGCGGUCAAGGUCGCUAGAGAGACUCGUCCUGAAGCUAUCGAUGAGCUCGAGCGUAAGAAGCUUGGCUUGGAAGUCGAGGUUCAUGCGCUUGAGAGGGAAAAGGAUGAAGCGUCAAAGGAGAGACUCGAAGCUGCCAAGAAAGCAAUCGCGGAAGUUGAAGAUAAACUUGGUCCUCUCAAGCGACAAUACGAGAAUGAAAAGCAUCUAGGUGAUGAAAUUCACGAUUUGAGGAGAAGAAUAGAUGAAUUGAGAGCUAAAGCUGAUGAGGCUGAGAGAAGAUAUGACCUUGCAACCGCUGCCGAUAUACGAUACCACUCUAUUCCUCAACGAGAGCAGAAACUCAAGGAGCUCGAAGAAAGAGAAGCCGAGCGAGGUACAGGUCAACAAGUCACUCCAGAGAUGAUAGCCGAGGUCGUCGCUCGAUGGACCGGUGUGCCCGUCUCUCGUCUUGUCGAAACCGAAAAGACCAAAUUACUCCGACUCGAAAAGCUUAUCUCGAAAAAAGUCAUUGGUCAACCUGAGGCGGUCAAAGCGGUUGCCAACGCCAUUCGACUGAAUCGAUCUGGUCUCUCCAAUCAAAAUCGACCCAUCGCGUCAUUCCUCCUUGUCGGUCCGUCCGGUACUGGUAAGACUCUCCUCGCUAAGACACUUGCCGGAGUGAUGUUCAACAGUGAAGAAGCAAUGGUCCGAAUUGACGCAUCAGAGUAUUCCGAGAAACACUCCAUCUCGAGACUUAUCGGUGCUGGACCAGGUUAUAUCGGUCACGAAUCCGGUGGACAGCUUACCGAAGCGGUCAGAAGAAAACCAUAUUCCCUUAUCCUGAUCGAUGAAAUCGAAAAGGCUGCCAGGGAAUUCCACCAACUUUUCCUUCAAGUACUUGAUGAUGGACGAUUGACCGAUGGGAAAGGACGAGUGGUCGAUUUCCGAAAUACAAUCAUCAUGAUGACUUCUAAUGUCGGUUCGGUAUACCUCAACGAAAACCCAUCCGAAGGAGCGGUCGCACCUGAAGUCAGAGCGAAAGUACAAGGUGCUAUCUCUCAGACUUUCCCGCCUGAAUUUAUCAACCGUAUCGACGAUAUUAUCUUAUACCGAUCAUUAUCCCGAUCCGACAUUAGGAAAGUUGUGGACGUCAGACUUAAAGAGAUUCAACAAAGACUUAAAGACAACAACAAGAAGAUCAAAUUGGCCGUUGAUGAACCAGCUUGUGAAUGGUUGGCUCAAGCUGGAUAUUCACCCUCUUACGGUGCAAGACCGAUGGCACGAUUGAUCCAAACGGAAAUACUCAACCCAUUAUCGAGAUUAUUACUUCAAGCUAGAAUUAGAGAGGGCGAGACAGCUCAUGUCACUGCGGACGUGAGAAAGAAUAGAUUGGUAGUGAUCCCGAACCAUGAGCCGGACGUCUCCGCUCCGGAUGAUAGUGAGGACGAUGAUGAUGAUAGUAUGGAUAUUGAGGUGGAAGAGAUGGAUUAG